UCGCGAGACGGUCGAUUGCAAAGUUCGUUCGCGUAAAUUGUUGGCGCGUCGUGCGUUGUUUCUUGCUUGUUUUGGAUGCGCGCCCCAUGCGCUAAACGCUCAAGAGGAACCAGACAGAGCCGGGAGCCAAGUUCACAACUCUAGAAGAACAAGAGAUGCUGUUUUUCGAACGAUACUCAUCCUAGAGUUGAUCUGCGGCAUUCUGUCUUCGACAGAAAAUUCCCUUAGUAUAACAAGAAUAUCCCGUCAGUUAUCCAUUUAGUGAAAGGAAAAUCGAAAACGAUACAAAUAACACAAAAAGGUGGAGAUUUUUGCCAACUUUUAAGUUUCACUAUCAACAACUGCACAGGAGCAUCGAAAGUGGUGCUGCUGAUGUGUGAUUGCAAUCAAACCGGUACAUCACUUAUCUCGUUGCACUGGUUGUGUCGGUUUGGCGGAAUUGUGCGGUGCACUAUCGGUUGAUAAAACAAGUGCAGCGCGAGAAGUAAAAAUCAGAAGGAAAAAACCAAACGGUGUUGAUAGAAAAAAGAGUAACAUAAAAAGUAAUCCAACAAUUUAUGGUGAAGAGAAAACAGUGCAAUUCUUUCGCUACAGCAACAUCGGUUGCCGUUUUCGAUUGGAAGACGACUGCUUUCGAUCAGGAGAAGCAUGUUGAUUGUGAUGUUGAUAAUGAUAGUGUGUUAAUCACGAAGAAGAUAUGAUAUGAGCGCAUUGAUUUCGGUGUGAAGUGUGGUGGCAAAAGUAUUUUGUGCAUCUUAUGGAGCGUCUCAUAGAGGUGCUGAACAGUGGAGUGCAUUCGCGCUAAAAAUUUCGCUUUCAUCCGAAAUUGCGGGAACUGUAGCAGAAAACCGGAGGAGACACUCUAUAAGUUGGUAGUUGUAAUUUACACAGAUUGCAGAACACAGUGUUAAGAGAAAUUGAAAACUAUCAACCGGCAAUGCAUGAAGAGAGCAAACAGUAAAUAUGGCUCGGCAAAUUGCUCCAAAGGUUGAUAUUUGUUGGUGAAUGUAUUUUGAAUGCAGUUCUAAAAUAUUCAAGGAAAGUGACUGAUAAGAAACAGUGAAGUGAGGGGAAAGCUCUGUUCCCAACUCUUUUUCGGAUCCAGAAGAUGCUGAAGAAGGAAAAACCAAUGCUUUCUGUUGCGGCAAUCAUUCAAGCGCAAGGUCGGUGGGAUCGAACCCUCCCGCUGGCCGGAUUUGCAGGUUUCGAUGCGGCGCUGGUCGGUCACAUGGGUCCCCUGUCGCCGCAGGACAUGAAACCGGACCUCAAACCAGACAUCUCGCUGCUGAACGGUACCGUGGGUCCGUUUUCGCCCGGAAAUAACUGCGGCCCGGGCAGUCCGGGGGCGUUCAAUCAACAAGUGGCGGCAGCCCUACAGCAGCAGCAACAGAAUGUCAACAGUCAGCAGAAUAGUAUGAAUCAGCAGCAGCAGAACUCCGGCGGCGGAGGAGGAGGUGGGGGAGGGGGAGGAGGCGGAGGUUCCACCACCCCCACCAACGUCUCCAACCAACAGUAUCCGCCAAAUCAUCCGCUCAGCGGUUCCAAGCAUCUCUGUUCGAUCUGCGGCGAUCGGGCCAGUGGAAAGCAUUACGGUGUCUACAGCUGUGAAGGAUGCAAAGGAUUCUUUAAGCGGACGGUACGGAAAGAUCUGUCCUAUGCCUGCCGGGAGGAGAAGAACUGCAUCAUAGACAAACGCCAAAGAAACCGCUGCCAGUACUGUCGGUAUCAGAAAUGUCUCGCCUGUGGCAUGAAGCGGGAAGCGGUGCAGGAAGAGCGCCAACGGAGUUCCAAGUUUUCCAUCAAGAGCGAAGAAAUCAACUCAACCAGUUCAGUGCGGGAUGUUACCAUCGAGCGAAUCCACGAGGCAGAGCUGCUGGGGGAACAGAAGAGCGGAGAUAAUGCAAUUCCGUACCUGCGGGUCGGGUCAAACUCGAUGAUUCCUCCGGAGUACAAGGGAGCCGUCUCACAUCUGUGCCAGAUGGUGAACAAACAGAUUUUCCAGCUGAUAGACUUCGCCCGGAGAUUACCAAACUUUACCAAUCUGCACCGGGACGACCAGGUGAUGCUGCUUCGAUGCGGCUGGAACGAGAUGCUCAUCGCUUCGGUCGCCUGGCGGAGCAUGGAGUACAUCGAAACCGAACGCUCAGCCGAUGGAAGCCGGGUGACGAUCCGACAACCGCAACUGAUGUGCUUAGGACCCAACUUCACCCUGCACCGGAACAGUGCCCAGCAGGCUGGGGUAGACACACUGUUCGAUCGAAUCCUGUGCGAGCUGGGCAUCAAAAUGAAGAGACUGGACGUUACCCGGGCCGAGCUUGGCGUGCUCAAGGCCAUCAUUCUGUUCAAUCCUGACAUCCGAGGGCUUAAGUCACAGAAAGAAAUUGACCACAUGCGGGAGAAAAUCUACGCCUGUCUAGACGAUCAUUGCAAACAGCAGCACCCGGCCGAGGAUGGGAGGUUUGCCCAGUUGUUACUCCGGUUGCCAGCGCUCCGGUCCAUCAGUCUCAAAUGUCUGGAUCAUUUGAACUUCAUCCGGUUGCUCAGCGAUAAACAUCUGGACAACUUCAUCAUCGAGAUGCUGGAUACUCCUAUGUAAAAAAAAACAAAACCACAGUGAAGCAGUGUGCAAGCCGUGAUAACGCAAAAAAAAAAACUAGACAGAUAGGAUGCAAAUUGAUGAAUGUAGAACGCAAAUUUACAACCACGACAUCGUAAAAUCAAAUUUAAAAAUUACAUAAGAGAAACGUUCGCUUUUUACCACGGUAUUCUUCUCCUCAUCACAUUUAUUAUUUUGUAAUGAAAUGGCACUUACACUAUUGCAUAUUAGGAGCGUUUUUUCUAUUGUGUAUGUACUGCUUUCUGCUUGUGGCAGAAAGCUUCAAGUUUAGGCAUUUUCGUAAUUUAGAGCGGUAAUUAGCGGAAGACUCCAAAAAAUAAAAUACAAAAAAAAUAAACACACUUUAAAUGAAGUUUUAAGCAAAUUGUAGGACACAGUAACUUAUUACAUAAUGAAUAUAUUUUAAUAUAUAUUAAAUCUGAUUUAAAGUAAAGAAAAUGAUUCAAAACAAAACAUGGUGCAAAUAGAUUUUAUAAAAUAAAACAAAAUAAACAAGAAUCGAUUCACGAUCUACAAAUGUUAAAGAAAAAAGAGAAAAAUAAAGUUUAACAUUAUUCGCGCAUUAUAGACAAA